UGUAAUGGACACAACCAAUAGCAUCUCAACACUCAAAUAUUGUGCUGCAUUGUCUCCCAAUCAAUUUGGCCAAAUAACUCUUUCAUUAUCACAAUAAUGCGACACCGAAAUUUCUGAAUUUUAGAGUUCUUGUCACUCUCUUAAACGUGCAAAACUUUCUAGUAUCAAGUAGGGAAUUUUUCAUGACGAAUUUGGUAUUUUGCAGGUUCAUAUUUUGUGGGUUGGAAUAGAAAAGUUUUGAUCUUUGAUGGAAAAUGAGUGAUUUUUCUCAUUUUGAAGAACUGGGUUUUUCGUUAUCAAAAUAAGUAUGGCUUAUCUUGAAUGCCCAUUUGGAAUUUUUGUUCAAUCUCAUGGAAAUUGUAGAGAAUUUCCCCAUAAUUUGGAUGUCAGAGCCUUCAGUUAUCAAUUUAAUAAUGACUUGCAGAGAAUGAAUGCCUGUUCAUCUGCAAUUUCCAGCCUUUCAUACAAGGGACGUGCAGGAAGAACUCAAGCUCUUACCAAUAACAGUGACUUUUUCUGGGAAGAAAUGCCGACACCUAUACUGGAUAUGGUUGAGAAUCCGAUUAACAUGAAAAAUUUGUCACCUAAGGAGCUGAAACAAUUAUCCGAGGAAAUACGUGGAGAACUCUCUCUCUUGGUGUCAAAAGGACAAAAAAGUUUACAAGCUAGUCUAUCUGUGGUGGAGCUGACUGUUGCAAUUCAUUAUGUUUUUCAUGCGCCAAUGGACAAGAUAUUGUGGGAUAAAGGGGACCAAACGUAUGCACAUAAGUUACUCACAGGAAGGAGAUCUCUGAUAAGUACUCUUGGACAAAAGAAUGGACUUUCUGGUUAUACAUGUCGCUUUGAGAGUGAAUAUGAUUCUUUUGGAGCAGCUCAUGGUUGCAACAGUAUCUCUGCUGGGCUUGGUUUGGCAGUUGCAAGAGACAUUAAGGGAAAACGUGAGCGUGUAGUUUCUGUGAUUAGCAAUGAAACAACUACUGCUGGUCAGGUCUAUGAGGCAAUGAGUAAUGCUGGUUACUUGGAUUCGAACUUGGUGGUGAUCUUAAAUGAUAGUCGUCACUCUUUGCAUCCUAAGCCUGAUGAGAAUUCCAGAACACCAAUUACUGCACUUUCUAGUUCUUGGAGCAAGCUGCAAUCCAGUAAAACAUUUCGAAAAUUCAGAGAAGGUGCUAAGGGUCUUACUAAGAGAAUCGGUAAAGGUUUAUAUGAAUGGGCUGCCAAAGUUGAUGAGUAUGCACGUGGUAUGCUGGGUCCUACAGGAUCAACUCUUUUCGAAGAGUUGGGACUGUAUUAUAUUGGUCCAGUGGAUGGGAACAAAAUUGAAGAUCUAAUCUGUGUUCUCCAAGAAGUAGCUUCCUUGGAUUCUAUGGGCCCCGUAUUGAUUCAUGUCAUGACAGAUGAAAAGAUUGGACUAGCCAAGGAAAUGAGUGAAAUAGUGGGAACUGCUGAUGGAGGCUCAAGUGAUAUUGAUUCGUUGAUAGCCAGAAUUGGUCCUCAAACAUACAGCCAUUACUUUGUAGAAGCUUUAUCAAUAGAGGCAGAGAAUGACAAGGAUAUAGUGGCAGUUCAUGCAGCUAUGAGAAUGGAGCCAUCAAUUCAGUUGUUCCAAGAGAAAUUUCCAGACAGGUUUUUUGAUGUUGGAAUGGCGGAGCAACAUGCAGUUACAUUUUCUGCUGGUUUAGCAUGUGGAGGUCUGAAACCAUUUUGUAUAAUUCCUUCUGCCUUCCUACAGCGAGCUUAUGACCAGAUUGUUCAUGAUGUUGAUAGACAGAAAAUUCCAGUUCGUUUCGCAAUCACAAAUGCAGGACUAGUAGGUUCCAGUGGACCAGUGUGCUCUGGGUCGUUUGAUGUUACCUUCAUGUCAUGCUUACCAAACAUGAUUGUCAUGGCACCCUCUGAUGAGUUUGAACUGGCUCGUAUGAUAGCCACUGCAGCACAAAUUGAUGAUCAACCAGUAUGCUUUCGAUAUCCUAGUGGUGCCAUUGUUGGCAUAGAUACCCCCAUGAGUACAACACCCAUUGAGAUUGGCAAGGGAAAGGUCCUCAUUGAAGGUAAAGAUAUUGCUUUAUUAGGAUAUGGAGUCAUGGUUCAGAACUGCCUUUUGGCCCGGUCUCUCCUCUCAAAGCUUGGAGUAGAAGUUACUGUUGCCGAUGCAAGGUUCUGCAAGCCCCUUGACAUUGAGCUUGUUAGAGAUCUUUGUCAAAAUCAUGCUUUUCUGAUUACUGUGGAGGAAGGAUCUGUUGGAGGAUUUGGAUCCCAUGUCGCGCAAUUCAUUGCACUUGAUGGGAAGCUUGAUGGAAGAGUUAAGUGGAGACCAAUGGUAUUGCCGGACACGUACAUAGAACACGCGUCUCCAAACGAACAGCUAACUCAUGCAGGGCUAAGUGGUCAUCAUAUUGCAGCUACCGUAUUAUCUUUACUUGGCCGAACCCGAGAAGCCCUUCUUUUGAUGUGCUAGAUAGUCUUUUUGAUUCUUAGGGUGCUGAAGUUUACUUUUUGGAUGCAACAAGGAAAUAAGAAAGAAUUUGAGGAAAGUUUUGAGCGAUAUGAGCCGCUGAAUCAUGAUCUUAUAUUAUGUACAUUCUAUUUAUUUGAGUUUGACUAUCCAGAAAAGUUCCUGGUUAUGUGAGAAGGGUCAGAUGAGAAAAAUGAAAUUUGCUAAAAGCUCAAACUCAUUUUGGCCACUAUUUUGCACUUCAAGUUGAGUUUCGUUUAAUGGAAAGGAAACCACCUUCUAACCUUUAAUCAUUGUUCAAUCGUCACCACGGGCACAGUAGAGGAAGAGAUCCCUUAGCGUUCUUGUCUAUUUCCAAAGUGUCUAGCCCAUUAAUCCGGGUUGGUUAACAUGCAAGAGGUUCUAGUGGGGUGAUUUUGAUUUGAGUUUGGAUUUUUCUUGGCUGAAGUAAGCAUCUUGUACAUCAAUCUUUUUUCCGUUUGCUAUGUUGUAGAGUAAUUGGUAGCAUUUUAAAUGGUGAAAUGUAACUAUAUUAGGCAGCAAAUAAGUUUCCUUUGAGCUUGUAAUUGUCUAUAAAUUCAAAUUGUUGCUUAAAGUAUUUUAUUGUAGUUUCAGGGACAAUGGACAAAUGAAUUAGUUCUAAUAUGAGAAAAUUGUAAGAAGUUUGUAAGAGUACAUACCAAAUAGAGCUAUUUGGAUAGAUUGAAAUUUAGUUUUACAAUUAGUUUUUAUUAUUA